AGCUUGGUUGCAGUGCAGUUUAGGGACCGCCACGUCGUCCAGCUGAUCGGUUUGUGGUCGAAUUUAAACAAUUUUUGGGAGGGGGGCGAGUAUUCAAACUAAUGUAAUUUUCCCCCCUUUAGGAGGCUGAUGUUUUCGUUUUGAUUGAAUACUCUUACGGCCCUGAGUCGAUCGUUGUGAAACGGUCUCAUUCCCGGAACAUUGAUGUAGCACAGAACGUGUUGGUUUGGGGCAGACUGCACCGGUGUUUGAAACAGAGUUGGCCCAUGCCAUGCCUGGUGGACGGCGGGGCCCGAGUCGGCAGCAGCUGAGCCGUUCAGCAUUACCUUCUCUCCAGACCAUUGUGGGUGGGAGCUGUGGGAAUGGGACUGGAAUGAGGAACAGGAAUGGCAGUGCCAUUGGUUUGUCUGCCCCUCCCAUCACUGCCUUGAUUACCCCAGAGCCUGUCCGCCACUGCCGUAUUCCUGACCUUCCAACGGACGGAUGCCUUGUCUUUGAGCUUCUUUUUUUCAUUUACCUGCUGAUGGCCCUCCUUGUCCAAUAUAUUAACAUCUAUAAAACAGUCUGGUGGUUUCCAUACAAUCACCCUGCUGCUUCUACCUCACUGUUUUUACAGGCAAUGCAAAUCUGCCAGUCAUUGUUCUUGGACUACAGGAAUCAAUGGUGUGAAAAAAUGGAAGUUACGCACUCAAUCGAAGUUUGCUGUUCCAAGAGCUUUCAUCUGAUUGAUUAUCACUUGGCAGCGUUCAUUACUAUAAUGUUGGCCCGAAGACUGGUUUGGACCCUCGUUUCAGAGGCGUCUCAAACCAGUACAUCCUCUAUAGUGUGGUACACUUUGUUGAUAGUGGCUCGUUUGGUACUUCUCACGUUGUGUGGCUGGGUACUGUGCUGGACACUUGUCAAUCUUUUUAGGAAUCAUUCUGUGCUAAAUCUCCUUUUCCUUGGAUACCCAUUUGGUGUUUAUGUGCCACUGUGUUGUUUCCACCAGGAAAAUCGGACUCAACCAUUACCAGCUGAAUGUGGUUUCCUGUUAAAUGACCAGCUGGAAACGGUCAUGGUCAGGCCAAAGGACUUCUUCACACUCCUCCGAGAAUCAUUCAGAGAACAGUUUAAUAACCCAACGUCCAUCCCUGCUCAUACUUGCCCUCUCUCCCCAGACCUUAUUCGAAAUGAGGUUGAAUGUCUGAAAGCAGAUUUUAAUAAAAGGAUAAAAGAGGUUCUCUUCAAUUCCCUAUUUAGUGCCUACUAUGUAGCUUUUUUGCCUCUUUGUUUUGUUAAGAGUACACAGUACUAUGACAUGCGGUGGUCCUGUGAGCAUCUCAUAAUGGUUUGGGUUAAUGCCUUUGUGAUGUUGAUGAGCCAGCUGCUGCCACCCAGAUAUUGUGACCUACUCCAUAAAUCAGCUGCUCACCUGGGGAAAUGGCAGAAGAUGGAACAUGGUUCUUACAGUAACACGCCACAACACAUAUGGUCUGAAACAACAAUUUGGCCACAGGGUGUGCUGGUACGACACAAUCGAUGCCUUUAUAAAGCUGUAGGACCUUAUAAUGUAGCAGUGCCUUCAGAUGUUUCACAUGCCAGAUUUUAUUUUUUGUUCCAUAAGCCAUUACGGAUCCUGAAUCUCCUCAUCCUGAUAGAAGGCAGCGUAGUGCUGUAUCAACUAUAUUCUCUGCUUCGGUCAGAAAAAUGGAACCAUAUACUUUCCUUGGCUUUGAUACUGUUUUGUAAUUACUAUGUCUUAUUUAAACUUCUAAGGGACCGGAUUGUGCUGGGCAAAGCUUAUGCUUAUCCUCUGGGUACCAUUGGACUAAAAUCUCAUUAGUCCAUAACAAAAAGAGGGAGUGGGGAAAGGAUUUAAAGAAAUUAUUUUGAUACGGUUUCUAUUUUUCAUGCAGUGUUUAAAUAUUUAAAAUAUUUUAUAUUUUGUAUACUUGGAUAUUUUGAAGAGCUAUUCUUCUUUGCAUAAGCAAGUUGUAUUUUUCAUCUACUUAGCAACUUCACAAGCUAAGUGUGCGCUUUGCUCCAUAUGACAAGUGCCAUUUAUAAUCGCAAUAAUCAACACUGGUAGUAUUGAUCAGAGGACUAAAGGAUGAUAUGAGAAGUUUAGUUUUCUUUGCUUUACGUUGUCACCUUGAAUGAGGAGGUUCUUAGGCUAUUGAUGUCUAAACAAUUAGAUGAAUGGAACUGCUGUGUUCAUAGUAAAUGGUCAUUUACUGAUAAUUGUUCAUAUGUGUGAACUUGUUUUAAUAAAUGGGGGUUUACAAGAUGCUGUCUAUGAAUAAAGCCCAUUCUUCAAUUAUGAUAUUGUUUACAUGAUCUCGCCUCUUCAAAAGAAAAUCAUCAAUAAAAAAAAAGAACAUUCCUAA